AUGGUCGACAUGGUCACUGAAGAAGAUGAAAUAAAAGCUAUAGAUGAUGAAAUCAAACAACUUGAUGCUAAAAUAUCUAAAUUAAAAACUCAAAAGGAACUUUUAGUCGAUAGAAAGGCAAAAAUAAAAGAAUUGAUUCUUAAAAAAAAAAGUGAAAAACUAGCAAGUAAAAAUUGGUCAUUGAAAACUUUUCCAUGGUCUCAAAAAGUAGAUAACCUGUUAAAAGAAAAUUUUAAAAUAUCGGAAUUCAGACCAUUUCAAUUAGAAGUGAUAAAUGCUACUCUAUCAAAAGAAGAUGUUAUAUUAAUAAUGCCAACUGGGGGUGGAAAAAGUCUUUGUUACCAACUUCCUGCUUUGGUCGAUAAAGGGAUAACUUUAGUUGUAUCGCCAUUAGUUUCUCUAAUGGAAGAUCAAGUAAUGGCUUUAAAAAAAAUUAAUUAUCCUGCACUUAUGUUAUCUGCAAACAGUUCCAAAGAAGAUGUGAAGCUGGUCACAGCAGCUUUACAAGAUUCAUGUCCUAAACACAAAUUAAUUUAUGUCACUCCUGAGAAACUAGCAAAAAGUAAAAGAUUUAUGAGUCAGCUACAAAAAUGUCAUCAACAAGGAAGGUUUACUAGAUUAGCUAUAGAUGAGGUUCAUUGUUGUUCUACCUGGGGUCAUGAUUUUCGUCCAGAUUAUAAUUACUUAGGAAUUUUGAAGGACAUGUUUCCAGGAGUUCCGUUAUUAGGUCUUACGGCUACUUCUACAAGUAAGGUUACUGCAGAUGUGCAAAAAAUGUUAAACAUUCAAGGAUGUCUAGUUAUAAAAGCUACUUUUAACAGGCCUAACUUAUAUUACGAGGUAGUAUUGAAACCUUCGUCUCAAAGCGAAAAUUUAGAUCUUUUAGAAAACUGGCUUAAAAAUAAGUUUUCAAACAAAAGUGGAAUUAUUUAUACGACAGCUAUAAAAGAAUGUGAAGAACUUACAAAAGAACUUAGAAAAAGAGGGAUUAAAGCCGGAGUAUAUCAUGCAAUGUUGGAUGCUGAAGUUCGAAGUAAGAUGCACACAAAAUGGAUGAGUAAUGAAUAUCAAGUUAUCGUAGCGACUGUAGCUUUUGGAAUGGGUAUUGAUAAACCUGAUGUUAGAUUUGUUAUACAUCACUCUCUUUCUAAAUCGAUGGAAAACUUUUAUCAAGAAAGUGGUAGAGCUGGUAGAGAUGGAAAAAAUUCGCAUUGUAUUGUAAUGUUCAGAUUAGCCGAUGUUUUCAAAUUGAGUACAAUGGUGUUUACCCAACAAAAGGGAUUGGAAAACUUGUAUAGCAUGUUAAAUUUUUGCCUUAAUAAUGAUACAUGUCGUAGAAGUCUAAUAGCCGAACAUUUUGAUGAAGUUUGGAAUUCAAAUUUUUGUAAUAAAAUGUGUGAUCACUGCAAAGAAGAGCCAAAUUUUAAGGAAAUAGACAUAACUUCAGCAUGCCGAGACAUUUAUAAAAUAAUAGAAAGAGCUCUUGAAAAUGAAAUAAAAGUUACAGCUUUGAAGCUAAUAGAAGCUUGGUAUGGAAAAGGAGAUGCAAAAAUAAGGGUGGCUGACGUUAAAUGUAAUUUCGACAGGACGACAGCAGAAAAAAUUAUCGGGUAUUUGUUAAGCAUGAGAUAUUUGAAAGAAGAUUUUCAUUACACAGCUUACAGCACAAUAAGUUACAUCAACAAGGGCCCCAUGUGGAUUCACGUGACCGAUUCGGAUCAUCAAAUUAACAUAAAAAUUAAUUCGAAAACAAAAGUUGAUAAAAAUUUAAUAAAAACAAAAUCCGACGACAAUUUUUUCAGUAGUGUAAAAUCUAAAAAGGAAAAACAAACAUCUGAUGGAAAAGACAAAGAAAAAGAAGAAGAAGAUUUAAAAAUUAUUUGCGAAAACGUAAAAAGGAAAAAAUCAUCAACCGAAGAUGGCGUAAAAGAAAUUUCAAAGAAAAAAUCAAAACAUUGA